AUGCACUCUCCCAAGAAAAAAAAACCCUCUCUAGCAAUACACACCAAACUGAGCAUGUGCAGAGUGUCUCCACAAAAUAUGCCUUAUCAGAAGAUAAGAGGGGGACACUGGAAGAAGGGGAGAAUCAGAGAAGACAGGAUCAAACAGCCUUUUUACACAAUGCAGAGGAUUAACCCCUUAGGUUCCACAGUGCGUAUAACAAGUAUGCUUUACUGCACAGGGGCGGACUGACAACUCACGGGGCCCCCCAGGCAAUAGGGGAUCAUGGGGCCCGUGUCCUCACCCACACUCAAA